GGUUAACGCGCAAGUAGAAAAAAGAGCUCGCCCCAGGCUGCCAGCAGAAAAGAGCCGCCGUGGCACGUGCCCCGGGGAGUGCCGCGGUGGCCGAGUUUGCACGCAGAGCCGGACACCGCCUGGGGAGCAGCGCUAGUAGCCUGGGGGCGGGACGCGGCGGCCGCUCCCUCCGCCCCCUAGUAGCCGCCACCGCCUGGCUGCGCCCCAGCCCAGUAGCUCAGACGCGACUGCAUCCCCGGGACCAUAGAGGCUGCAGAGAGCUAGAACCCGAGUCGCGGCUCCGGGCCGCAGAGCGCUGGGCGAGCGCGAGCGCCAGGGCACCGGCAGGGCGGGCAGCUGCGCUCGCGGCUGGAGUCAUGCUAUACUGAAAAGACACUCAAUCAAGAGAACUCUGGGAGAAGCAGGAAACCCUGUGCCAGGGACAGGAAAGAUAGGAAUGUUGCUAUGAAGACAGAUUCAUCAAAAAUGACUGAUGUGGAGUCUGGGGUCGCCAAUUUUGCAUCUUCAGCAAGGGCAGGCCGCCGGAAUGCCUUACCAGACAUCCAGAGUUCAGCUGCCACAGACGGAACCUCAGAUUUACCCCUCAAACUGGAGGCUCUCUCCGUGAAGGAAGAUGCAAAAGAGAAAGAUGAAGAAACAACACAAGACCAAUUGGAAAAGCCUCAAAAUGAAGAAAAAUGAAGGCUCAUAAUCUAUCAAGAGUGCUGAAUUUCUGCAUGUUGAAAGACUUUGUGGUUCUGUUUUCAUGAGACGUUUAAUCUGGUGGUAACUGUGGUAACAUUGCAGCCCUAAGCAGCAUGUGUAUAUUAGAUAAUUGUGUUGUGAUGCUACUCACUUUGAUUGCAAUGAUGAUGUCCAAUCUAAGCUAUUAAAAGGCAGGUUACUUCCAAAUCACACUGAAGGAAAAGGUUAAAAAUAAUACAUGAUCACAGAAAUGCAUUCCAUUGUCUGUAAGCCCAACAAUAUUCACUGUUCUGUUUUGGAUUUACUUAGCCUAAUGUAUUUUUAAUUCAAUUUUUAUGGUGAUGAGCAAAUCAUUUCUUGGUAAAUGUAAAUCAAACACCAUUGAUUUAAAACUUCAUGGAAUUUGUAGAAAAUUAUGGACUUUUUGUUUUUUGGUGAGAAAGAACAAUAGUCAAAAUCACAUGGAUAGUGUUUGUUUUUAGCCAAAAAUGCCCCAGAUUUUUUCCCAAACCUCAAAAAUGAUUUGGAAAAAUUGUAAAAGUUUGAUAACAGAAACAUCUUUAGGAUAUUUUUGCCUGACAUAUUUUGCUUCUAGUAUGUGCCUACUGUGAUUUUUUUCAUGUGGAAAAUGCAAAAUUUGUAACAAAAUGGUUAUAUGGAACAUGCCUAUUAAAUGAGUUUUACUAUCUUCCUUAACUUUGGUAUGUGUAUGUGUGUGUGCGUGUUUUACUUUAACAUGAAUUAUACAAAAUACUAGUGGUUUUACACUCUCUUAUUCUUAGGGCUUUUGUGUAUGUCUGAUUUGUUUUUAAAUACCUUCCUCAGGAAUGCAGAGGAGGAAUUUUUAUAUAUUUUUAAAGUAGCUAACAUAGCAGUAGGCACUUAAGCAUUUAGUCAAUGAUGCUGGUAGAAACAGUAAAAUACAUCCUUUAAACAUAUAUAUCUAAACAUAUAUUUUAAAAGGAGCAAAAAUAAAACCAAAGUGUUAGUAAAUUCUGAUUUAUUAGACAUUGUAGAAAAAUAAUAGAAUUCUGAAGUUUUAAAAAUGUCAGUGAUUAAUUUAUUUUCAUUUUUAGAAAUAUAUGCAUGCAGUUAUAUUUUAUUUGAUUGUUGACUUAGGCCACAUCUGUAUACAGUAACCGAAUAAACUCUUUUGCUGCUAAAGAGAUUUGUUAC